AUGUCUCAUAAUAAUAUGAAAGAAAAUGCUUAUAUAAAUAAUCCAGAGUUUCCAUUCAAGAAGCUCAAUAUUGAAAAAAUAGAAAAAAUAAGGAAAAGUGUAAGCUUAGGUAAUAAAUCAGGAAUAAAUAAUUACAAGAGUAGGGAAGACUCUUUUGAUAAGAAAGUUUCUCAUAAUGAAAAAAAUAUUUUGGAAAGAAUAAAUACAUGUACAUUAAAUAAAAAUAUAAUUAAUAAAAAUAAGAAAAAAAAUUUUAUUGAGAGGAAUAUUGAAAAAAUAUCUAUGUUAAGUAAAAAAAAUAACAUGUUUAUAAAAUCUGUAAAAAAUUGUAAUAGAAAACAUAUUAUUGGUUAUGACUUACAAAAAGAUGAUAACAAAAGAGACAUGAAACAAAAAGGAGUUAAGAAAAUUUCUGAAUUAUCCAGCAGAAAUGUAUCAAUUAAUUCAAAACGUGAUACAUUUACAAGUAAUGAAAAGCAUGAUGACAUAAGUAAGAAAAAAAAUAAAUUAAAAAAUAAUAAUAUAACAAAUAUUGAUGAUAAUAAUAAUAAUAAGAAGAAGAUUAAUAGUUAUAAAAAUAUUUAUAAUAAUAAGAAUAAGAAAAAUAUUUAUGAUCACGGAACAUUAAUGAGACGACAAAACACUCGUUUAAACGAAGAUGAGGAUAAUAAAUGUGUCGAAAAUAAUUUGAAUUUUCAUACGAAUAGUAAGAAAGAAGUAAACAAAUUUAAUAUUAAAGAGAAUGGUGAGGAUCCUCAUAAUAAUAAUAAUAAUAAUAAUAGUGACAAUAAUAAUAAUAAUAAUAAUAAUAAUAAUAAUAAUAAUAAUAGUAUAUAUAUUAACAAUAUUGAGAAACAAAUCAAACAAACAAAUGGUUUGAAAAAUAAAGAGAGAUGUAAUACUUUACAAAAUAACAUACAAGAAGACAAUGAAGACACUAGUCCUUUAAAUGAACAAAGUGAUGAUGAUGAUAAUAAUAAUAAUAUGAAUGUUAUUAUAAAUGGAAACAUUUGCGAUAACAAAAAUGAUGAUAAGGAAAAAAUUAAAUUGAAAGAAAGUUCAAAUUUAAUAUUAUCAUCAUUUAAUGACAUCAUUAUACAUGAUAAAAAAACAAACCUUGAUGAUCUUGGAAAUAUGAAAGAGUUUAAUGAAAAACAUGAACAAGCCAAUUUUGUUCCAUCUAAAUAUAAUUUAAAAGAUAAAAAAAUUGAAAACAAUAAUAAAAUACAUAUUAACAAUGAAUAUUAUAUUAAUCAAAAUAAUCAUAAUGAAUAUCCUUUUGAUAACAAUUUUUAUAAAACUAAUAUUUCUAAAGAAAUGGAAGGUUCCAAAAAAUAUAUUUCUGGUAGUGAAUUAAACAAAGAUGAUCAUAAUAUUACUAUUGAUAAAAUGAAUAGAAAAAAAGGAAAGGAAUCUAUAAGUAACCAUCAGUCUUAUAAUAUAUAUGAAGAAAAGAAAAAUUAUAUGAAUAAUAAAAAUGAUAAUAAUAAUAAUAAUAAUACUUUAAAUAAUUCUGAAUCAUAUGAAGAAAGAAAUGAUAAUAUUUAUAAACGGGUAAGUUUGAAUGAUAAUUCAUCUGUAGAUAGAAUGACAAAUAAUACUUCCAGAAGUGGAAAGAAUUAUAAAAAUUUACAAAGAAACAAUGAAAUUUUUAAAAAGAAUUUCUCUAAUGAUUAUGUAAAUUUUAAUAAUAAUGAUAGUAAUAAUUUAUUAAUUUCGCAGCAAGGUGAUGAAGAUAAUUUUUUUUCAUCAUAUGACGAUAAAUAUAACAAAACAAUAAAUAUUGAACAUUAUAAAAAUAAUGAAAAGAUUAAUAAAUCUAAUGAUAACCAAUUUUAUAAAAAUAAUACAUAUUCGUUAAACAAUAAAUUAAAUCAUAAUAUAUAUGUAGAUCAUCAAACGAAGGAGGGAACAAAUUAUCAAUUAAAAAUAUUAGAUCAAAGUAAUGAUGAUGUAAGCAUAAAAUAUAAAGAAUCCCAAUUAAAUGAAUUGACUAAAAAGACCAAAGAUAUGUAUGAUAAUUCAAACAAUGAAUUUAAUAAGAAUACAUUAACAUAUGAUAAAGAUAUAGAACAUAUUAAUUGUUCAGACAAUCCAUAUGUUAAUUAUAAUAGUUCAUAUAUGCAAAGUGAAGAAAAUGCAUGUGGAAAGCAACAUUCAUAUGAUAAUUCUAUGAUGAGAAAUAAUAUCGAUGGAUAUGAUAAUUUUAAAAAUUAUAAUGAAAUAACACAUUUAGAAAAAAAUAAUACUGUUGAUAAUUUAAAUGAUGAAAGAGUAAAUAAGUAUAAUCAUACAAGUGACCAUAUAUACUUUAAUAAUGAGAAUCAGAAUGAGCAAAAAGAUAGUCCUAAAAAUAUACUAGUUAAUAAUGUAGUAAAUAUGGAAGAACAAAAAAAAAUGCAGAAUAAUAUAGGUAAUUUUAAAAAUGUAUAUGACAAUUCUUAUUAUAAAACAAAUAAUAAUGAAUAUAAUAUACAAAUUAAUGAAGAGAAUAAUAAUAAAUUUUUAUGUAGCUCGAACGAUACAUACGAUACAGAUAUAGUAAAAAUGUAUAACAGAAAAUUAUCCUAUGGUAAGGAUAAUAAAAAAGAAAAUAAAUUAUUAAACAAAAAUAUGAUAUUAAAAGAAAUUUUUGGUUCAAACUAUGAAUCCAGUUUGAAACAUAAUCUGAAUGAUUCUGUUAAUAAUGUGGAAGAUGAUGUCGAUGUAAAAGAUAACCAUGGAGAAGCAUAUGGUGAUGAUACUAAUGAGUUGGAAGAUCCUGAGAGUUAUAUAAAGGAGGAGGAAGAAGAUGAAGAAGAUGAAAAGGAUGAAGAAUACAACGAAGAGAUAGAACAACAAAAUGACUAUGUAGAAGACGAUGAAGUAGUAGAUAAAGAAGAUGAAUUGGAUGCUGAAAAUGUCCAACGUUUAAGUAAUAAUUACAAUACUUUAAAUAAUAAAGCUACAAAUGAAGGAUCAACCAAACAUAGAAAAUCAAAUAAAAUCGAUGAUGAAGAUUUGAAAAGGGAAAGGAUACAAAAUAUGGAAGAAGAUAAAUAUAUACUAUCUGAUAGUAAUAAAUCCAUAUCAAAUAAUUAUAAUGUAUUAUCAAAAUCAGAAUAUGAUAAAAAUUCUUUUGUUUGUGAUUUAGUUAAUAAUGAUGAUUCCUUACUUAAAAGAUAUGAAGAAAGUUCCUCUCCACUAAUUUUAGCAAAACCAGUUUUUGAUGGUAGAGAGAGUGAAAUUAGUGUUAAUAAAAAUAUUUUAGAAGAUAGUAAUAAGAAUCUUUUUAUGGAGAAGAGAAAAAUGGAUGAUUUUAAUAAAAAACAAAAUGAAGUGGAGAUAAAGGGGAGUGAAAAGAAUAAUGUUGUAGGUCAAACAAAAAAAAUGUUCGAAUAUAUGUCAAGGGGGUCAUGUAUUUCGUUAAAUGAUGUGAAUGUGAAUAGUUCAAAUGAUGAUAGGACAGUUAAACAGGAUAUUAAUGAAAGGGAAGAAAUGGAAGAUGAAGAAGAUAUGGAAGAUGAAGAAGAUAUGGAAGAUGAAGAGGGUAUGGAAUGUGAAGAAGGAAUGGAAGAUGUAGAGGGUAUGGAAAGUGAGGAAGAAAUGGAAUGUGUAGACGAAAUAAAUAAAGAGAGUAAUACCAUUGAUGAUGACACUAAUGAAGGCGAAUGCGUUAUAAUAGAAGAGACAAUCGAGGAGGAAAGUGGUAACAUAGUGGAAAAUAUUUAUGAAGAAGAAGAAGAUAUGGAUGAAGAGGAAGAUCUUUAUGAUGAAGAAGGUAUUAUGCAACAAAAUAUAGAACAGGUUCAUAGUGCUUUAAGCAAUAAAAAUGGAGAAUGUGAUAUGAAAAAAGAAAAUACUUAUGAAAUUGAAACUGAAAAUUAUAGGAAAAGUGUUUCAAAUAAUUUUGAAGGUAUAUCAGGAAAUAUGAGUAAGAAGGAUGAAAAUAUAAAAACUAAUGAAAGUGAGUAUAAUUUUGAAAAGAAGCAAAUAAUAGGAAUAUGGGAGAAUUCUUCUAAUUAUGAAUUUAGGAAUAAUAAAGAGAGAAACGAUAAGGAAAUAAAUUAUAUGAAUUCAUUUAUGAAUAGAUUGGGAGAAUUGGAUGAAAAAAUUAGAAAUCGAAAAAGGAUAUAUGAGGAAAGAAAGGGAAUACGAAAUGAUAAUAAUAUUAUUAAUAAUAAUAAUAAUAUUAAUAAUAAUAAUAUUAAUAAUAAUAAUAACAAUGUUGACAAUAAUAAUAAUUAUUAUGAUCAUACCAAUGAUGGCAAUUUUCAUAAUGGUAAGAAAAAGAAUGCCAUGUCCAAAUAUUUAGAUAAUAAUUUUUUGAUAUACAAAAGUGAUAUAUUUAAUGAGAAGACAAACAUGCGUAAUUUAAAAACCUUACCACUAAAUGAAGAAACACUGAAAACUUAUUAUGGGAAAAUUCGAAAUAGUAAAGAGAAGGGUGUUUUAUAUGAUUCCUUGAGUGAUAAUUAUAAUCAUCGAAGGAAAGAAAACAAGAUGAGAAGAAGUUAUUAUAUGAAUUUAUAUAAAAAUAGAAAGAAUAAUAAUGAAAAUUGGAAGUAUAAUGAUAUAAGAAAUGGAUCAAUGGAUGCAUUUUCUUUUGAUGAAGAUAAUUAUAAAAAUAGAAAAUAUUUUGAUAAAGAUCAAUAUGAAGAAGUUAAUUAUUAUUAUAAAAAAGAAAAUAAAAAUGAAAUAAAUGAUGUUGAAAAUUAUUAUAAGAAGAAAUAUAAUUAUUAUAAAGGUAAUAAUGAAGAGGAAGAAGAAGAACACGAAGAUGUAAAUGGAUAUAUAACAACAAAUAAAAGGAGAAGGAGGAAUAUACAUGAAUUAGAUAAUGUAAUUGAAAAUAAAAAAUAUAAUAAUAUAUUUGAAAGGAAUGUAAAUUCUAGUGAUUAUGUUAGUGGUCUUCAUAAAGAUAUGAAUAAAAAAAUAGGUCAUAUAAAUGAUAAAAAUGAUAGUAGUGAAAAUAAAAAAAUGAAUAGUUCAUAUAAUGAUAAUAAUAGCCAAUGUAACAAUGAUAAUAGUCAAUAUAAUAAUAAUAGUAGUCAAAAUAAUAUAUCUUACAACAAUAGUGUUAUCUCUAAAAUGGUAUUAUAUCCAAGUAUCAAUGAAACAACAAAUAGUAGUAAUACGGUUGUAUCUAAAAGAAGUAAAUAUAUAUUAAGACAUUCAAAUGUAUCUUCUAAUUAUGAUGAUGUUCCUAUGUUUUUUAAUUUUGUAAAUUGUUGUUCUAGUGUAUUAGGUGCUGAAAUUAUAUAUGUAACAGAUGAGACAUAUGGAAAAUGUGAAAAUAUAUUAAAAGAUAAACCAUUUAAUAAUAAUAUAGAGAAAGGAUAUUAUGAAUAUAUUUCAAAUGAUUUAUAUAAUUUAUUAAACAAAGAUGUAUAUAUAAAUAAUGAUAAUAAUAAUGAUAAUAUUAAUAAUAAUCAAUAUGGUUAUAGUAAAUAUAAUGAUGUGUCAAGAAAUUAUUUAGACUUACAUCCAUAUGGAGAAUUUUCAAAAGAUAAUGAAAUAAAAAAUAUAGGAAAUACAUUACCUUCCAAAUAUAUUUCACCUACAAAAUAUGAAUGUCCUGGAUGGCUAACCAAAAGGAGAAUAAAGAAAUAUUUCGAUUUCUGUGUUAUAAAAUUAUGUAAACCUACAUUGAUUAAAGGAAUAGAUAUUGAUACAAAUCAUUUUUUAGGAAAUUAUGCUCCUUAUAUUUCUAUUGAAGGUGCAUAUAUUGAAGAUGAAUUAAUGUUAAGUGCAUCGUCCUUUUUAAAAUAUGUAGAUGAAAUCCGAUAUGAGCAAAGAAAGAAUAAUUCGUUUAUAUUAGAAAAGAAUACUUAUCCUUAUGCUUAUGAUGCAGAUGUUUUAAACGACACCGUAAUAAAUGAUAAGGAAAAAAGGAAUGAUAAAAAUGAUAGAGAGCAUAGUAAUAUACUGAACAAAAAAAAAAACAAUGAUAAUAAUAAUAAUAAUAAUAAUAUAUUGAAAAGUAGAGACGAAAUUGAAUUAACAAUAGAUGGUAAAACAUAUUUUAAAAGAAAUAAAUAUUUUUAUGAACCAAUUUUAAUAGAACCAAUUGAUAAAUCUGAUCAAGAAUAUGAAUCUUAUCUUGAAAUCUUAAGAUAUAAUGAUAAUUUGAAGAAUUUAAAAAAUAAUCCUAAAUCAACAUCAUUUAUUACUAACGGAAAUGAAUAUCGUUAUAUUAACAAUAGGUUAUAUACUUUAGUCGAUGUUACUAGAGAGAUAGCAAAUAGACAUCCUAAUAUAUAUAAUAUGUGUUUGUCAAAUAAGAAUUAUUCUUUUUAUAGUUCACAAGAAGAAAAUAUGAAUAAUAUAAAAGGACAAUACCCCAACGGGGGAAAAAAUGAUGAUAAUAAGAAAAAUAAACAUAAUGUUGAAGAAAUAAAUAAUAAUUCUACAUGCAAUAACUGGUAUGAUACUAUAUAUUUUAGAAAUGGAAUAAGAAAAAAUGAAAUAAAAGAAAAUAAUGGAAAGACACAUAAUAGAGAAAAGGAUAGUUUAAAUUAUGAAUCUAAUAAUUAUUAUAAUACAAAUACUUUAUUUUUAGAUAAUGAUUAUUCAGUAGAAAAAAGAAUAUAUAACGAAUUGCAUAAGAAAUAUCAAUGGGUAUCAAUAUUAGAAGAUGAGAGAAUGAAUCCAGGUUUUAAAAAUUAUAAUCAUAAUUGUUUUAAUAUAAAUACAUGUAAUAAAAUAUUUACUCAUUUAAUUGUAUGUUUAUUACCUGAUGGAGGUAUUAAUAAAUUACGAGUAUAUGGAGAAAUAAAAAAUAAUGAAAAAGUAAGGAAAAAAAAUUAUAAAAAAACUAUAAAUGUUUGUAAUAUAUUAGAUGGUGCAAAUAUAGUAUAUACAACAGAUGAAUUUUAUGGAAAAUCUGAAAAUAUUUUAAUUGAUCAUAAUUCUGAUUAUGUUAUGGGAUGGCAAACAAGAAGAUCAAUAAAUCGACCUUUACGCUAUGUAGAAAAUUUAUCAUUAAAUAAUAUAUCAUCUAUUUUCUUAAAUAAUAAUUAUUGUAUAAUAAAAUUAAGUUAUAUUACUAAUAUAAAAUAUAUAGAAAUAAAUACUAUUUUUUAUGAAUAUAAUUUCCCAUUGUGUAUUUCUAUAGAUUCUUGUUAUUUAAAACAAGUACAUCCACAAGAAAAAACAAAACAAAUACAAUUCUUUAAUGAUCAUAUUCAAAAUAUCGAAUGGGUGCAAUUAUUACCCUUAUCAUAUAUUAAAGGAAAUCAUAUAAAUUUUUUUUCAAUUAAUAAAUUAUUGAAUAAAACAUCUUUGAAUGAUAAUAUAAUAUCAACACAUUUACGUUUAAAUAUAUAUCCAGAUGGUGGAAUUAAUACUAUAAAAGUGUAUGGUACAGUAUUAGAGGAUUAA